GGCUCACAAAGACCGGCCGCAGGUUUGAAAUGGCAGAACACUUGUGUACGGGAAUCUCAAACACAACAACACAUCAGUUUUGCUGUCUGGAUAUUUAAGGAGUGACCAGAUAUUUUCUUUGCUACACCAACACAUCUGUUGUUGAUUCUUCGAGAUGAGGAAUUAUCUCAUCCCAGCCAGUAAUGUAUUUCAUGUCUGAAAUUAAGUUUUCUGUUUUAACUCUGUGAAAUUCACUGGAACUGGGAGCUGAGAACACACCAGCAUUUGUUCACUGGAGAUCAGUUCUUCAACUGCAUUGAUCGUACAAGGCAUUCAAACGUCUGACUUUCUGAAUUGCCAGAGAAUUGAUCGUAGUGAGAUACCAUUCUCCUUCUCUCAGUGUGGGAAGAGAUUCACUCACAGGCUACCCACAGACACGCCAGUGAGUUCACAGUGGGGAAAAGGCCAUUCACCCACUCUGUGUGAGUGAGGGGAACCACUCAGUCAUCCAAUCUGAAGAUACAUCAGCAAGUUCACACCAUAGUGAGAUGCUCCACCUGUUCUACAAGCAAAAAGCCAUUAUAUCAGAAAAUUCACCAGUGAGAGGACAUUGACCUGCUCAGACGGUGGGAAGGCAUUCACACACUCAACCACAACACAAUGACACCAGCGAGUUCACAUUGAGGAGAAGCCAUUCACCUGCUCUGAAUGUGGGAAAGGGUUCACUCAAUCAUCUCAACUGAAUGAACACCAGCGAGUUCACACUGAAAAGAUGCCGUUCACCUGCUCAGACUGUGGGAAGGGAUUCACUCACUCCUCCAAACUACAGAGACACCGGCGAGUUCACACCGGGGAGAGGCCAUUCACCUGCUCAGACUGUGGGAAGGGAUUCACUCAAUCGUCCAACCUACAGACUCACCAGCAAGUUCACACUGGGCAGAGGCCAUUCACCUGCUCAGACUGUGGGAAAGGAUUCAUUCUGUCAAAUCACUUGCUACAACAUCAGUUAGUUCACACUGGGGAGAGGCCAUUCACCUGCUCAGACUGUGGGAAGGGAUUUGCUCAGUCAUCUGACCUACAGACACACCAGCGACUUCAUACUGGGGAGAAGCCAUUCACCUGCUCAGACUGUGGGAAAGGAUUCAUUCUGUCAAAUCACUUGCUACAACAUCAGUUAGUUCACACUGGGGAGAGGCCAUUCACCUGCUCAGACUGUGGGAAGGGAUUCACUCGGUCAUCUGACCUACUGACACACCAGCGACUUCACACUGGGGAGAGGCCAUUCACCUGCUCUGAAUGUGGGAAGGUAUUCACUCAGUCACCUCAACUGAAGGUACAUCAGCGAGUUCACACUGGGGAGAAGCCGUUCACUUGCUCUGAAUGUGGAAAGGUAUUUGCUGGGUCAUCUGUACUGAAGGAGCAUCAGCGAGUUCACACUGGGGAGAAGCCGUUCACUUGCUCUGAAUGUGGAAAGGUAUUUGCUCGGUCAUCUCAACUCUUGAGACACCAGCAAAUCCACUCUGGGGUGAAACCAUUCCUCUGCUCAGAAUGUGGGAAGGGAUUCACCGAUGCAGCUCAGCUGAAAGAUCAUCAGUUUGUUCACACUGUGGAGAGACCAUUCACCUGCUCCGACUGUGGGAAAGGGUUCACUCGGCGUUCUCGACUACUGACACACCAGUUAGACCACACUGGGGAGAAACCAUUCACCUGCUCAGAAUGUGGGAAGAGAUUCACCCAUUCCGCUCAACUGAAGGAACAUCAGCGACUUCACACUGGGGAAUGGCCAUUCACCUGCUCUGAAUGUGGGAAGGGAUUCACUCGGUCAUCUCGACUGAAGGUGCAUCAGCGAGUUCACACUGGGGAAAAACCUUUCAGCUGCUCUGAAUGUGGGAAGGGAUUCAGUCAGUCAUCCAAACUUGUGAGGCAUUACCAAAUUCACGCUAGGGAGAAACUGUUCACGUACUCAGAUUGUGGGAAAGAAUUCACUUGGUCAUCUGAGUUUAAAAUACAUCAGCGAAUUCACACUGGGGGAUGCCACUCACUUGUUCUGGAUGUGGGAAAGGAUUCACUCAGACAUCUCAGUUAAGACUAUAAGAUAUAGGAGCAGAAGUAGGCCAUUCGGCCUUUCGAGGCUGCUCCACCUUUCAAUCAUGAGCUGACCCAAUUCUUCCAGCCAUCCCCACUCCCCUGCCUUCUCCCCAUACCCUUUGAUGCCCCGGCUAAUCAAGAACCUAUCUCUCUCUGCCUUAAAUGCACCCAAUGACUUGGCCUCCACAGUUGCUUGUGGCAACAAAUUCCACAAAUUUACCACCCUCUGACUAAAGUAAGUUCUCCUCAUCUCUUUUCCAAAUGGAUGUCCUUCAAUUUUGAAGUUGUGCCCUCUUGUUAUAGACUCCCCUACCAUGGGAAAUAUCUUUUGCACAUCUAAUCUGUUCACAGCUUUUAACAUUCAGAAUGUUUCAAUUAGAUUCC